AUGUCGAACUUCAUCACAAACCUGUUCCCCUCUCCGCACGGCGGCAAGCACGAGGGAAUAUUGCCAGUCCCUGCUCCGCCUCUUCAUACUCGCUCCAGCCAGAACGAAGCCUUCAGUGACGCCCCAAAUACUCCUGGCCGGAACAAUUUCACCACUCCAGUCGCUACGCCUCAAGGCAGCCCAAGCAAGAAUCGAAACCCACCAGGAGCAAAUGAUCUGCCGGUCGCUUUCGAGAAUGCUAUGAAGAUUGCGCCUCCCCAGUUCGGUCUCAGCCGCUCACAAAUCCCGUUGUCACCAGGAAAGGGUAACAAUUUAGCGGUGGAAGACUCCUAUUUUGGCAAUGCUGCGGGAAGUGUCGAUGAUAGUAUAGUACCAAAAUCUGCCGCCGUUACCCCUGGGAGCCCUCUGCGUAAGCAAGGCAAGGAAAACACGCCUCCGGGAUUUAAGUCGGGUCUCGACUCCCCCAAUCAAGCCGCAAUCUCCAGACAAGAGCUCUAUCAACAACCCCAGACCACGCGAAAGUACAAUACUCAGCGAGGAUUGACGGCAGAGGAGUUGGAGAUCUUGCACAAGCCAAAUGUCAAGCGUCUUGCCAAUGUGACCCAACUUUACUUCUUAGAUUACUACUUUGACCUCCUCAGCUACGUUGGUGCCCGCCAAAAUCGCCUGAGCCACUUCCAUUCCGAAUUCCCCCCACCUCCCAAGACCCCCGAAGAGACGUACAACCCAGUCUGGCAGAAAUAUGCAGGAAGAGAGCGUGCCAACCUCCGCAAGCGUCGCGUUCGUCUUCGCCAGGGCGAUUUCCAGAUUCUCACACAAGUUGGUCAAGGUGGUUAUGGUCAGGUCUUCUUGGCUCAGAAGAAGGAUACACGAGAAGUAUGCGCAUUGAAGGUUAUGAGCAAGAAGCUGCUAUUCAAGUUGGAUGAGAUCAGACACGUCCUAACAGAGCGUGAUAUCCUAACAAAUGCGAAGAGCGAAUGGCUGGUGCGACUACUAUACUCCUUCCAAGACGAGAAGAGUAUUUAUUUGGCCAUGGAAUAUGUACCGGGUGGAGAUUUCCGAACAUUGCUCAACAACACCGGUGUCCUGGCAAAUCGCCAUGCCCGUUUUUAUAUUGCCGAGAUGUUCUGUUCAGUAGAUGCUCUCCACCAACUGGGUUACAUCCAUCGAGAUCUGAAGCCAGAGAACUUCCUGAUCGAUUCCACUGGCCACGUCAAGCUCACCGAUUUCGGUCUGGCCGCUGGUUUCCUUGCUCCAGGAAAGAUCGAGUCCAUGCGAGUCAAGCUUGAGAAGGUUGGGGAGACAUAUGUUCCUUUUGGUAAGCCAAUGGAACAGCGAACUGUCGCAGAGCGUCGGGAAGGUUACCGAUCGAUGCGCGACCGAGAUGUCAAUUAUGCAAAGUCGAUCGUUGGCUCUCCUGAUUAUAUGGCUCCCGAAGUACUGAAGGGUGACGAGUACGAAUUCUCAGUUGACUACUGGAGUCUUGGGUGUAUGCAUUUCGAGGCUCUGACUGGUUUCCCUCCCUUCGCGGGAGCUACGGUCGAAGAGACCUGGAAGAACUUGAAGCACUGGAGAGAAGUACUGAAGCGACCAGUCUGGGAGGAUCCAAACUACUUCAUCAGCAAUCGCACCUGGAACUUCAUCACCAGCUGCAUCGCAUCCAAGUCCAAGCGCUUCUCGUCCAUCAAGGAGGUGUACGAGCACCAUUACUUCGCCGAAGUUGAUUGGACCACUCUUCGCUCGCAACGCGCCCCCUUCGUUCCCGAACUUGAUUCCGAAACCGACGCCGGCUACUUCGACGACUUCAGCAACGAAGCCGACAUGGCCAAGUACAAGGAGGUGCAUGAGAAACAAGAGGCUUUGGAGAACAUGGCCGACAGAGAAGAUCCCAUGAGCAAGAGCUUGUUCGUUGGUUUCACAUUCAGACAUCGCAAGCCCGCCAACGACGACGGUGGCAAGUCCAGUCCGAGAAAAGCCAUUCCUACGGAUGGUACGUUUGGAACGAUGUUGUGA